UAAAAUUAAUUAUCCAAUUUUUAAAAUUUUGGAUAAAAACUUAAUAAAAAUUUUACGAAUUAAAGUCUAAGAAAAUAAGAUGUUAUCUUCAAUCGUGAUUAUUUACUUACCUGUUGUUCUCUGAUAGGGUGGGUCCAGGUAAGUCGUUAGUUUCACCUGACCAUUAACUUGUAGUAACAACAAACAAAAAGACAACAGCAAAUGUUUUCAUCUUAUAUUUAAAUUUUUGUGAUUAGUGCCUCAUUUUUAAUAAUUAAUUAUAAUUAAUUGAAAUGGUAUAAUUGCCUUAAAAAUUAUGUACCAAUCAAUAGCUCUGUUUUUGUUUUAUACCUUGGUAAUCUUUCAAGUUUCCAAUGGACAAUAUGGUUAUUAUGGAUCAGAGAGACAUACCUGCACUAUACCAUCACAACUACAAGGAGAGUGGUAUUCACGUGAAAAAGGCUCGGAUGUCAUUACAAAAAUUACUGAAAAUGAAAUCAUAAAGGACUCAAAAUCUGUUUCCACUGCGUACCAAACUUACUGUGUCAGUAUGGUUCAAAAUGGCAAUGAUAAUUACACUUUCCAUUUGCGCGCUACGAAAUCUCAAUGUCAUUUUUGUCUUCGAAUUCUUUUAAGAACGCUUAAUGUUUUGGAAAAAAUAGAAGGAGGCUGUAUCAAUGAUGUUAGUGGAAACAAACUAAGUCUCGAAAAUGUUUGCUCCGCCACAAGUUUUGACUCUGAACUCAUCACACUUUUCUCUACAAGUCCUCAGGGAAAAAAUUGUAAAUCAAGCUUGGAAGGUGUUUGGCAGUUCGGUUACCGAUUAUCUCAUCUAGCAGCUGGUGAAUGUUUCAAUGCUGAAUCACAGAUUAAAGCUUGUCAGAAACCUGGAAAUCAAUUUUCCAUUGUAAACCAACAAUUCACAAUGAUUUAUAAGUCAUGUGAAGAAAAUGACCUUAAAGAAAUUCAGUACAAAUGUCUUGGUGAUUGGUAUGUAGGAAAAAAUCAUUAUUUUGCAGUUCUUAACUCACGAGAAUCUCGACGUUCUGAGGCUUAUCGUUGUUUCUUAAAUAAUCGAGAUGAUACCAAUCACAUUGCUGUUUCAACUACGGCUGAAUGUAACGUCCUGAGGACACCUCAACAAGGACCAGAGAGGCUAACCCUACAUCCGGUUAAAGCAGAAACUGUUGUCCCUUCUUGCCAGCUUCCAGACGGAAUGAGAGGAGAGUGGAUUAACACAGCCAAUCUUGAUGCUCUUGUUAAGAUCAAUUCAACCCAUAUGGAGGAGCGCUGGAGACCAGAUACUGGUACAGAAAAGGAAGAGAUUUAUGUUUGUCAUCAGAAGAAAGGUUCACGAUACGUAAUGGCUCGUUUAGGUAUCAAUGGAUGUCAAAAAGAUUUCGUUUGUUUUGACUUUGCCACUCCUCAAUCCAAUGUCAUCCGGUAUCGAAAAGGCCAAGCCAUGAGCUCAGAUCAAUUCGGAACGAUUUGUGCCUGGACUAACUUUGAUGACGAUGAAGAAUGGAAAUACGAUAUUCUUCUAGCAGCCAAACCAGUUGCCAUUAAAUGUCCAGUGGCAGGUAAAUUCCGUUUCACACAAAAAGGUGAGAUUCCUUUCACAACCAGAAUCCGUGGUGGAGUGACCCAAAGUCCAAGAAGUACUAUUAUAUGUAAAGAAAAGAUAUCUGAUCUUUCUGUUUGCGAUACUGAUCAGAAAAUAAUGGAAAUUGAUGCAGAAUAUUGUAUCAGUGUUGAUCAUCGAGGAACAGCAGUUGACUAUCAAAGUGAUCCUGAUCAUAGAAUGAAAUGCAUUGGAUUUUGGAAGGAAGAUCUGAAAUCAUAUUUAAUUACUUAUGAUGAAAUGGAUGCUUACAGCAGAUAUAGAUGCUGGGUUUAUCAAAGAAGUGACCUUAAUCGUGUCUUGAUGUCUAUGUCAGUUGGAGCUUUUUGUCAUAGUAAACAACGAGUUGCCUCAUGGAAUUCAUCAGAAGGUGCUCAAGUAUCACUUGAUAUGAUUGAAUAUGAGCGUGAACAUGAUGAAUGUCCUAUGUACUUCAAUGAUGGAUCAAACCCUUAUUCAACGGAAAAAGACAGUGCCAUUAUUUUAUAUGGUCGCACGAGUAAAGCCACAGUUUUUAUGCCAAUAUCAAUAUUUAUCACCAUUUUGCCAUUACUUCGAAUUACUAUUUUUUCUUAAUUAUUUAAGAAAUAGUAAUUCUCAUCAAAGAUCAUCGAGUUGAAUAAGAAAGAUGAAAACUCGGAUCAAAUUUUGGAUCAAUUUUGCAUAAUAUGUAUCAUUAACUCUCUCUUGAUUCUUUUGCCCGGUUACUACUACUUUUUAACUAAAUAACGGCUCUAUUCUUAAUUUAAAUGUGACCCUUUUUUAUAUUGCCAAAAAUAUUUCCCUUCUUUUGUCAAUUUCUGUUCUUUAAUGUAUCUUGUUUCACCAUUUGACUUUUGUAAUGAUAAUAUUGCUGGUACAUGUAAAUUUAGGUAGGACCACCACAGACAGCCUAAAAGGCAAAGAGAAUGAAAAAGAGUUGAUAAAUCUUGAAAAAUGAACUCCAUGGAGAUGUCGAUUAAUAAAGAUUAUUAUCAAUGUUAACA